GCUUCAUCGACCUCGCGCAACCAAGCCCAGCCAGCCACAGCGCUCCCUCGCCCUCCACCAGCUCGAUCGACCGCUUCAUCGGGUCGUCGUCUUCUCUCCCCUCGUUCUCGCUCAACACCCAUCUAGAUCCGCCUUCCACCAUGGCUCGCUGGACCCCGCCAUUCCCGCUCUGCUCUGCAUCGCAGAAGGAGUCGUUCGCCUACGAGUCGACCGUCAAGCGGUGGCCGGUCAUCUUGACGCAGAUCAUCGACGAGGUGGCGCGCAUCAACGGCGAGCUCACGACGAGCGACGCCGACAAGGUCACCGAGGGCAAGAAGGUCAUCAACGACAUCGCCGGCAUGAUCUACGAGAUGCGCCACGACAAGGUCCUCACGCCGCUCGAGCCGACCGGCCUGCCGGACGACACCAAGGAGUACAACGACGAGCUCGCGCACUGGGCGUCACAGGGCACCGACACGUGGUUCACCGCACCCUGGCUCGGCGCCGAAUGUUACCUGUACCGCCGCCUGCGCGGCUUCUUCGCGACGACCAAGCACUGGACCCAGUUCGACCCGUUCGCGUCGCAGAAGCUCUCGACCUGGCGUUCAUCGGCCGCCGGCGCCGCCGCACUCGCCCAGACGCUCGAGAAACUCGUCGCGUCGGGCCCGGUCGACCCGGAAAAGGACCUCGACAAGCUCCGGCUCGACUUUAUCGGCAUGCUCGAGGUCGACCUGUGGGGCAACGCGACCGACCUGAGCCUCCUGACGAGCUUGACGCACGAGGAGAUCCAGCAGCUGCAGAGCGUCGAGCGCGGGCAGAAGUUUGUCCUCCGCAACGACUUUGAGCACGCGUGGAACCACGUCAAGACGCUCAAGGACGCCCGGGUCGACAUCGUCAUGGACAACAGCGGCUUCGAGCUCUACACCGACCUCGUCCUCGCCGACUGGCUCGUCACGCUCUCGCCCUACGUGUCCGAGGUCGUGUUCCACCCCAAGCUCAUCCCGUGGUUCGUGUCCGACGUCCAGCCGCACGACUUUGCGCUCCUCCUCGACUCGCUCAACGACCCGGCCUUCUUCCCCGCCGCCGCCGGCCUGUCGGACGCCGACCGCGACGCGCUCAAGGCCGUCGGCGCCAGGUGGCGCAAGUACGUCGACGAGGGCAAGUUCCGCCUCUCGGUCCCGCUCGACCUCAAGAUGGGCGACCAGGGCGGCGAGGUCGCCGAUUUUUGGACGUCGUGCCACCCGUUCUCGGCGCUGCCCGCCCAGGCGCCCGAGCUCCUCAACGACCUGCAGCAGGGUUCCCUGUCGAUCUGGAAGGGCGACCUCAACUACCGCAAGCUCGUCAGCGACGCGUGGUGGCCGACGACGACGCCGUUCGACGAGGCGCUCGGACCGCUCCGGGGCCACCUCAACAUCCUGUCGCUGCGCACCAACAAGGCCGACGUGUGCGUCGGCCUGCCCGUGGGCACCGAGGAGCGCGUCGAGAAGGAGGACGCGAGGUGGAGGGUCAACGGCAAGUACGCCGUCGUCAGCUUCUCGCCUCGCGACAAGUAGAUCGUUCCUCGAGAUACAUCGGCCGCGCCCUCUCCUCUCCCCUCUUGUCCUUAGACCUCCCCGAGCACGGACGCCGCAUAGACGUGCAACAGCGAGUGCCCUGUAUCCAU